AUGCCGAAAGAGAGGAAAGAGCGACACUAUCGUCGAAACGAUAAAGCGGAUUCUCCAACUCGGCAGUCCAGCCCAUCUGCCUCAUCUGGGGAGGAAGGGAAUGAGUCAGAGAGCCGGGCAACACGAGGCAGUCAGGAGAAGAAGGAGGGGGAGGUGAGGAGGGAGAGGAGGGGAGACAGGGGAAGGGGGAGAGAGAGGCGGAGGAGGUCGCGAAGUCGCAGUCGAGACAGGAGUAGGAGCGGUGACAGAAGUCGAGAUAAGCAGUACAAGGAGAAGGAGCGGUCUCAGGCUGAGUCGAAAUCAAAUGGUGAAGUAACCGACACGAAAGACAAAGAGGGCAGGGAUAAAGACGGAUCGGGGGGAAAGGAAGAAGAAGAUGGCGGCGGUAAAAAACCAAAAGUAGUGACGGUGUCUCGGGUUGUGGUGACAAAAGAGAAAGAAAAGGAGGCGGACAGCGGAAGUGGAACAAUGGAGACCGAGAAAGAGGGGAUCAUAGCUGCAGUUGAAGCGGAGCGGAAGAGGCUGGAAGAGGAGAUGCAGAAGAGACGCGAACGCCUCGAGGCGUGGCGUAAACAACGGCAGGAGGACGAGGAGUUGGAGAGGGAAAAGAUGGAGGAAGAGAGAAAGAAAGCGUGGACGCUCGAAAACGACGAAGAUGACGAUGAAGAGGAGGAGGAGGAGGAGGAAGGGGAGAAUAUGGAGGUAGCAGAAGGCGAAGAAGUGGAGGAGAAGAAAGAGGUCACCAAAGAAGAAGAGAUGAAAGAGGUCGCCAAAGAAGAAGAGACGAAAGAGGAGGCUGGAGACGAUUUAGACCCGUUGGAUGCCUUCAUGGAGGGCAUCAACCACGAGGCGAAGAUGAUUCUGAAUUCAAUGGGGAAGGACGGCGAGAAAACGACCGUCAUCAAUGUCACAAAGGUGAAAGGAGGUCAAGAGAAGAAGGGAGAGCUCAUGCAGAACAACCAAGAUGCUGUGGAAUACUCAGACGAAGAUCUGGGAGACGACGAACUAGCCUCCGCCCUGCUGAGCAUCGCACGGAAGAACAAGAAGAAAGACCUCCCGAAGAUCAACCACAAGUCCAUCACCUACGAAGCGUUUCGCAAGAACUUCUACGUGGAGGUACCCGAACUUGCCAAGAUGACAACGGAGGAAGUGAACGCACUCAGGGAGGACCUGGGGAGCAUCAAGGUGAAGGGGAAGAACUGUCCGAAGCCGCUCAAGUCCUGGGCACAGUGCGGCCUCAGCGCAAAAGUCCUCGAUGUGAUCAAGAAGUGUGGCUACGAGAAACCGACUCCAAUCCAAGCCCAGGCUAUCCCUGCCGUAAUGUGUGGUCGGGAUCUCAUCGGUAUCGCUCGAACGGGCAGCGGAAAAACCCUCGCAUUCCUGCUGCCCCUCUUCCGGCACAUUCUCGACCAACCUCCACUGAACUACGAAGACGGUCCGAUUUCCUUCAUUCUCUCCCCGACUCGUGAGCUGGCUCUUCAGAUCUACGCAGAGUGCAAGAAGUUCUGCAAACCGUUGAAGCUGCGAGUCGUCUGCGUGUACGGCGGUACGGGGAUCAGCGAUCAGAUCGCGGACUUGAAAAGAGGUGCAGAGAUUGUCGUGUGUACGCCGGGCAGGAUGAUCGACAUGCUCGGCGCAAACAACGGAAAAGUCACAAACAUGCGUCGUGUCACUUACGUCGUACUGGACGAAGCUGACCGCAUGUUUGACAUGGGUUUCGAGCCUCAGGUGACCAAGAUUGUCCAGAUGGUUCGCCCAGACCGUCAGACGGUAAUGUUUUCAGCCACUUUCCCGCGACAAAUGGAGGCUCUUGCUCGCAAGAUUCUUUCCAAACCCAUCGAGGUCCUAGUCGGUGGACGCAGCGUCGUCUGCAAGGACGUCGAUCAGUCGGUGAUAAAAAUCGACGAAGAAAAAAAGUUUUUCAAACUACUGGAGCUCCUGGGGAUCUACCAGUCGCAGGGUGGGGUUCUGGUGUUUGUGGAGCGACAGGCAGCCGCUGACAACCUCGUGCGAGACCUCAUGAAAGCUGGGUACCCCUGCAUGGCUCUGCACGGUGGGAUGGAUCAAUACGACAGAGAUAUGACCAUUGCCGACUUCAAGAAGGGUGUAACUAGCUUAAUGGUCGCGACUUCAGUCGCCGCUCGUGGCCUCGACGUGAAGGAACUGAUUCUAGUUGUGAACUACGACUGCCCGAAUCAUUACGAGGACUACGUUCACCGCUGUGGGCGGACCGGGAGGGCGGGGAACAAGGGAUAUGCGUACACCUUCAUCAUGCCGUCCCAACAGAGGUUUUCCGGGGAGAUCAUCAAGGCUUUGGAGCUAUCGGGUGCUGCAGUCCCCUCAGACGUGGAGGAAAUGUGGAAAGUUUACCACGCAACCAUUAAGGGGACAAAGAUCGAGGGGAAGAUGAAGACGAAGAGGAGGAGAGCCAUCGGGUUCACGGGGAAAGGAUUCAAGUUUGACGCAAAGGAAGCCGCCAAGGACACGGAGGCCAAGCUGAAACAGAAGUCUGCACUGGGGCUGGCUGAUUCUGACGACGAGGAUGCAUUUGCCCUCCUGACAAUGGACAAGACGCUAGAGGAGCUGUUUAGUGGACGGGCAAGCCGGAUAGCAGACAAGAUCUUGAUGAGCAAGAACAUAGUGGCCGGCGGGAGCACCGUUACCGCAGCUCAGGAGGCGGCGAGUUCUGUCAUGAAAGGAGAGGAAGUAAACGUCACGGGAGCCGUUCUAGCCUCGCAGAUUGCAGCCUCGAUCAACGCCAAGGUCGGCUCUGGCCCAGCCAAGGCAGACUACCUCCCAGUGGGCACCGUUCUACCAAAGAGAGCGACCGACGACGAUGAAGACGGGCAACCGGGAGCCACCAAGGAGGUCAUGCGCUACGAGGAAGAGAUCGAGAUAAACGGUUUCCCUCAGCAGAUACGAUUUCGAAUCACCACCAGGGAAGUGUUGGACGAUGUCGGGGAGUAUUCAGAGUCGUACAUCUCGGUCAGGGGCAUCUAUAUCCCUCCCAAUGCACGGCCAAAGGAGGGAGAGAAGGCGCUACAUUUGAAGAUCGAGGCAAAGUCCGAGCGGUCUGUGGCUCUCGCGAAACAGGAGGUCAAGAGGGUGAUAAAGGAGGAAGCCCAGAGAAUGGCGUCUCGUGUUGGACCCAGGAAACAAGGAAGAUAUUCAGUUUUGUAA